AGGUGGUAUUGUGAAGCAUCUUGUAACUCUGAUUUUGAAAGGUGCUAUUGACAUAAGUUUAUUAUUUUCUCAUGCUACUCAAAGCUCCUCCAGAGCCACAGGGAACAUUAUGCAACUGUAUUCACAGGAAGGGUUCUUCUUCAAUGAGUAACCUGAUCGUCGUGUAUAAAAUCAGUUCAAUGUGUGCAUGUACUGUAUUUACAUAAGAUUACUAAUGAUGUACAACAAGCUUAAAAAUGCUGCAAAUGAUCCUCUCAUCUACGCAUCCAACCCUGUGUGUCCUUUAUCUGUCUUUUCCCUUUAAGCGUACUUAAUCUUAUAUUUUUUUUGCAUGUGUAUUUUGCUUAGUUUAGUUUUUUUUAAGACACCUCCCUCCCACUAAUGUCUAACCCUACUGGACUUAUCACAGGAAUCAACCAGACAGACCAGGUUGAAUCUAGUGCAGCGUUUGGUCACGCGCGUCAUGAACGUGAUGGUCUUGCUCUAAUAACGUGAAUGGACAACCAAAGUCUAGUGGUGAAUAACUUCACCCUUAUAUAAGAUGGUCCUCUCCUGCUGCUCUGCAGACAGGAUCAAUGGAGCCAGCACAGAAAAUGGACAAUGCACCAAGAAAGCUGCAGUACUGGAGGCUUUAUCUGCUGGCGUUGGUGUUGGGUAUUGGGGGGUCGUUUCAGUACGGGUUUCAAGUUUCUGUCAUCGCUUCUCCAGCAGUGCAUGUUCAGAGUUUCGUGAACCACACCUGGUUGUGGAGGUAUGGAGCUCCAGUAGAUGAGUCCAGCAACCAGCUCAUCUGGUCCUUCAUCGUGGCAGUGUUGAGUCUCGGAGCCUGGGCCGGGGCUGUUCACAGCGGCAGCCUUCCCGUCACCCACGGCCGGAAAAAAGCUCUCUUGAUCAACAACGUUGUGGCGAUGGUCGCUGCUCUUCUCAUGCUCUUCAGUCGCAUGGCCAAAUCUUUUGAGAUGAUCCUACUGGGAAGAUUUCUCUAUGGAUAUAAUGUUGGUCUUGGCUUGAGCGUACACCUCAUGUAUCUCGGGGAGAGUUCUCCAAAGAAACUCAGAGGUUUCAUGACUCUCACAGGCUCAAUCUUCAUCGGAUUUGGAAAGAUCAUGGGUCAAAUAAUUGGCAUCAAGGAGCUGAUGGGAACAGAGGAAAUGUGGCCAUAUCUCUUAGCUCUUAGUGGUGUUCCUGCCGUCCUGCAGUUUGUGACGCUGCUUUUCUUCCCUGAGGCACCUCGAUACCUUUACAUCGACAGAGGAGACACUGAAGGCUGCAAAAAAGCCUUGCAGUGGCUGUGGCAGGAGGAGAACUUGAAGCAGGAGCUGGACGACAUGCAGAAAGAGAGAGAGAGUACACAGGGCGAGCAGGCCAAGACUGUGAAGGACGUGCUCACCUCUCGCAGUGUGAGGUGGCAGCUACUGACUCUGGUCAUCCCCUGUGCUGGUGUUCAGCUCUGCGGCAUCAACGCUCUGUAUUUCUACGCCUUUGACAUCUUCAAAGAGUCUGGAGUGCAUGAAAGCCAGAUGCAUUACUUGGCCAUUGGUAUUGGAGCAACUGAGCUCAUCACCGUAUCACUGUGUUCUUUCUUGAUAGAUCGUGCCGGCAGAAAGAAGCUGAUGGGCUACGGCUAUCUAAUGAUGGGUGUCACCAUGGUUGCACUUACUGUCAUGCUGUCCAUCAAGCAUCUGAAUUCAUGGAUCCCGUAUGUGAACAUCGGCCUGAUCUUUUGUGUCAUCUGCAUGUAUGGAAUUGGACCUUCUGGGGUGUCUAUGGCUCUUCCUGCUGACCUCUUCCUACAAGCAUGGCGUCCUUCUGCGUAUGUGAUCAGUGGGACAAUCAACUGGCUCUGCAUGUUCCUUGUGGGGAUGUUGUUCGGCUACAUUGUGGAUGGACUCGGCCAGUUCUGCUUCCUGAUUUUCGUGGUCUACACCAUUUUCAGUGCAGCAUUUCUGUUAUAUUUUAUCCCAGAGACCAAAGGAAAGACAAUGGUAGAGAUUAUGGAGGACUUCAACAAACUGAAUUACAAGAACAAGGGCGCUGACAUUGAAAGGACUGACAUUGAAAGGACUGACAUUGAAAGGACUGACAUUGCUCUUGCAACUAAAUUGUAACUUGUUUUUUUUUUAUAGUGUAUUUAUCAUCUGUGGCAUUUUUUGCAUCAACAUUUGAGUAUGAACUCCUCAGUUAAACACAAUAUACAACAAUGUCAUUUAUUGUGUGUCAUUCAACACAAACAUAAAUGUAUUUUAUUAUAUUAUAUUAUUUUAUUAUUAUUAUUAUUAUUAAUAUUAUUAUUAUUAUUACCUAUUAGUAUGACCAUCUAACAGAUUAUUAUAAAUAUUAAAACCAGAUUAGACACGCAGAGUGCUGACAAUAAGAAUGUGAAGUCUGUAAAUGUAUAAACAUUUGCAUCUGUAUACUGUCUCGUUUAGUAGUUAUCUGCUUAAAAUGUGGCAAAUACAGUAUGUAUGAAAUUAUCUAAUUAGCUUUUUGUUCUGGUUGUUUGCUUUAUCUGCUCUCCUGUCUUCUUAGGUGGGCAAUUACAGUUCUAAGCUUACAAAAAAUGCUAUUUUCUACUGUAAAUAAUACAAUUUGACCACUUUAUUCAUUUUAAUCAACAUGAAACAAAGCCUAACUAAAACAAAAAGGGUUUAAUAUAUUGAUUUAAUGUGGAAGCAAAUACUGUGGAAUAAAUAUUCAUAUGUAGUCUUUUCAUACAAUUCAUUUCAACUUCCAGCUUUGACAGUAUUACAGUUUAGCCUCCAGUUUUCUAGCAAUGUCUUUCAGGUCUCCUCUCUUAGUUUCUCUAGGUUAUGAAGUUCAGCUUCCAAUGCUGCCAGUGUUACAUUUCAGCUCAGAAGAUUGUGUGGAAAAUAUUUAUAUUGGAGGUUCUAAAAUACUGAAAGAUAAGUUCUCCAACAGAACUAUUAGGAACACACUCAGUUAUGUUUCUGUCCCUUCAUAGAUGUUUUUGGUCUUCCUUAUCUGAUGAUAGUGGGAGAACGCUUGGAAAAUGUGUGAUGAAUACUGUAUUAAUAAAAAACUUAAGGAAGUGUCUUUCAAGAUAUUACAUAGAAUUUCUCCAGUAAAACUUGUGUUAGAAGAUUCAAGCUGGAUAUUGAUUAUUGAUAACUCUCUAUAUAGAAGAGAGUAUUUCCCAUCUAUUUUUUCACUGUACAUCUUACAAGAAUGUUCUGUAGCCAACUUUCUACAAAAGAAACUUAAGAUGAAUGUUGAAAUAAAUACUGUAUGUUUGAUGUAAUGCUAUAUUUUAAUCAAGAUAAGAUUGAAAAUAACAUGCUGUAUAUAAUACAAUUAUUUAUUAUUUUGGGAAAAUUUCAUUCAUAAGACAAAAUGGCCAGGAACCAAGCCAACUUCCUGCAUUUUAUUAAUGAAUUUAAACAGUAUAGCACCAUCAUACCACAUAUUAAAAACAAAAAAGCCAGUAAGACUUAUAAAUUAUUAAAUGAUUAUAAUAUGUUUAUAACAUAAACACAAACCCUGGCAUUAUGAAAUAUAUAUGUCACUGUUUUUGUCUUCUUUUUUGUUCAACUGUCUCUGUAUCUGUACCUCUGUUAAUGAACAUGAGUUCAAUAAAGAAAGCAUUAGGUUUUCCAGCAUUGCAUUUGAGUUUUCACAUUUUUCAGGCAAUUCAUUUCAGAUUUCUGCAUUUUCAGCAAUGCUUUGCAAUUUAUUUCAGCUUUCAGCAUUCACACACCUUUUUUGGGAGGUUUCAGUUUUUUGCUUAACUUAAGGCAACAAGAGAGCCCUUCAACCGUCCCAUUGACUGCCGUGUCUUUUUACCUCUCAUACUGUCGAGAAAAAACACACAUGUGGGGACUUUUGAAACUGCCAAUUCUCUUUUACUUGAUCUACACAAAUGAAAUAUCAACACCUUCAGCAAAGUCUGUCAAAGUGAAAAACUUUCAGUGACUUACUGUAUGGUUUUUGUGUCACCUCAGCAGGUCUCUCUGUGAGUUAUCAGCAUGUUCAGGUCCCACAUACACAAACACAGAGGAUUGUCAUUUGGCUGAUUACCUGCAGCAGUUUGUGCCUGUUUCUCAUUGGUCUUUCUGACAGUUACGACCUCUCUCUCCUUUUUAAAGGUUCUAUUGAUAACAUUGAUAACAUUGAUAACAUUCAGCCACUAGAA